AUGAUCGAUAAACGCCACUGCUCCCUGCUCUAUGUGCCCGAUGACAUUUACCGCUAUGGACGGAGUUUGGAGGAGCUCUUGCUGGAUGCCAACCAACUUCGAGACUUGCCUAAGCCUUUUUUCCAGUUGCUCAAACUUCGAAAACUUGGUCUCAGCGAUAAUGAGAUUCAGAGGCUUCCUCCAGAAAUCGCCAACUUCAUGCAACUGGUUGAACUGGACGUUUCUAGAAAUGAUAUUCUGGAGUUACCAGAGAGCAUUGGAUAUUGUAAAGCUCUACAAGUUGCUGAUUUCAGUGGCAACCCAUUAACAAGAUUACCCGAAAGCUUUCCAGAGCUCAAGAAUCUCACAUGCCUUUCCAUAAACGAUAUUUCACUGCAAGUCCUUCCAGAGAACAUUGGAAACCUUUCCAACUUGGUAUCACUAGAGCUGAGGGAAAAUCUGCUGACAUUCCUCCCAGAGUCUUUAUCGCAACUCCAUAGACUUGAAGAACUUGAUUUAGGCAAUAAUGAGUUAUACAGUUUGCCGGACACAAUAGGCUGUCUUGUGAGUCUAAAAGAUCUAUGGCUCGAUGGAAACCAGUUAACGCAAAUACCUGCUGAAAUGGGCAGCAUGAAAAGUCUGUUGUGCCUGGAUGUAUCAGAAAACAAGCUGGAGCGCCUCCCGGAGGAGCUCGGAGGAUUGCAGGCUCUGUGCGAUUUACUGGUCUCACAGAACCUCAUUGAAGCUUUACCAGAAAGCCUUGGAAAACUACACAAGCUUUCAAUUUUAAAAGCAGAUCAGAAUCGGCUAAUGUAUCUUCCAGAGAAUAUUGGAAACUGUGAAAGCCUUACAGAACUCGUCCUUACCGAAAAUCAGAUACAGAGUUUGCCUAGAAGUAUUGGAAAAUUAAAACGUCUUUCUAACUUCAACUGUGACCGAAACCUUCUAACAACAUUGCCUAAAGAGAUUGGAGGAUGCAGUGGCCUUAAUGUAUUUUGUGUACGAGAGAACAAACUAACGAGGAUACCGUCCGAGCUGUCGCAGGCCACAGAGCUGCAUGUGCUCGACGUGUCUGGGAAUCAACUCGCGCACUUGCCACUGUCGCUGAUCACACUACAGCUAAAGGCCUUGUGGUUGUCAGAGAACCAGUCGCAGCCUCUGCUGACAUUUCAGACUGACCAGGACCCCGACACCGGAGAGAAGGUGCUCACCUGUGUGCUCCUGCCACAACAACCGCUGGACUCCGACCUUAAAGACUCUGAUAACUUGGCCCGCUGUGGAGGCCUGGAGAGUCUGGUGAACGACAUGACAGAAGACACAUGGGACACAAAGGCCAUGAACCGAACUAGUGCCAUCCACUUCCUGGACGACGAUGAGGAGGAUGAAGAUGAUGACAAGGGGACCCUCCUCCGCCGGGCCACGCCGCAUCCUGGAGAGCUUAAAACCAUGAAGAAAGCAGCUGAGAACCUGCGCAACGAUCUGAACGCUGCCAAAAGUCUGGACUCCAACAAAAACGAGGAUGAGGGGGGCCUAUGUCCGAAGCCACAGCUGUUCGUCCAUCAUCAUAAAGAGGAGACAUAUGAGGUGACUGCUGCUCUAAACAUGGGCCCCUGUGUCUGUGAAGACCCCCCUCUCUUCAUCACACGACACCCCUGGCCUGUCCCAACUCCAGAUCGAUGUCCUUCCCUGGACACACCACUCAAAUUACAGAUCAGAGUGAGCGGCCAGAGGGGUGGUUUGGGGAUUAGCAUUGCUGGAGGAAAAGGAUCUUUGCCCUACAAACAACAGGAUGAAGGCAUUUUUAUCUCUAGAGUGACAAGAGGAGGGCCCUCAGAGAAGGCUGGCGUCCAUGUUGGAGACAGACUCCUCGAGGUCAAUGGACUGAGCAUGCAUGGGGCCACCCACCAGCUCGCUGUCAGUUCCCUGAGGAAUGCUGGGAGCUCCAUCCGGAUCAAGGUGCUCAGAGACCCAUUGCCCACCGGGGAAGAGGCCCUCGAUUUGACGAACAACACGGCCAAAUCACUUAUCUGCCAGGAAGACCUGACCAUACGAAACUGUUUGUCUAGGAGGAUUGAGGCAGUGGUCUGUAAUGGAAAUGGAAUGAUUGAGUUGAGAAAAGAUGCAAGUUGUCCUGAGAUAAAAAAAGAACCUUCAUCAAAUGCACAUUCUCACCUCCGGGAGAAACACACCAUGCAAAUCCCACGGAUCAUCCUCACUCAUCCCUCCACAUCAGAUGAAGAUGUGGAGCUGCUGACACGGAGCCCCAGCCGAGAGAAACCGUUUGCCUUUGACAGGCAGCACAUCCCUGACUGUUUCGACAGUGCUUUUUAUCUACCAUGA